CCGCAAAGGCGACAGCGUGAACGUGCGCGUGCCCGCCGUGUGGUGUUGCGAGCGCGCCUCGUGGUGCCGAUGGAGCUCCAUUCAGCGUCUGAACACGGGCAGGAAGCUGUGUCGACGAGGAGGAGGAAGAUGGAGAUGAUGAAUGAUCCAUCAUCGGAUCAGAUCAUCGAUCCGCGAUGAUCUAUCGGCGUGUGCAGCCGCGCUGAUCAGCGGUUGAUCCCGGGGCGGCUGCAAGAGGCGACAAUCGGCGUCCUCGGUCGGUCGAUCGAUCAGUCAAUCACUCAGUCAGCUCAUCGAUCACACCUGGUGUGGAGCGCGAGCCGCAGCGAGAGACAAUCGGCUGACGCUGCGGCGGGUCUGCGGGUCUGCCUCUGCGGGAUCUGGCCUCUGGACUGGACUCUACACGAGGUUACGGGGGAGCCGCAGGUGAAGAGUCGGCGGAGAGGGGCCCGCAGGUGAUCCAGGUCAGUAGCUAACCAGUGAACCAGUGAAGCAGUCAGUAACCAGUCAGUAACCAGUCCUAUGGUUGGUGUCGAGACUGUUGAAUGGCCACAGGAGUGAACUACUGGAGCUCUUAUGAACCCACUUACAAGGUGAGUGAGUGUGUGUGGGGCGGAGAACAAGAGUCCAGCAGCGAGGAGGGAGGAGGAGGGGUCACAUGGGAAACAACUGCCAUGGAGGUCAAAGGUCAACUCAUCUCAGCACCUGACCCUCUCACCUGUUUGGACAAGAAGCAGAGGGAGCGAAUGGCGGAGCUACAGGAGAGGAGGCGGAGCCUGCAGACGCUGCUGAGCACGCGAUUGGCUGAGCUCCGACGCAUCUGUCUGCAGGAGGCGGAGCUGACAGGUGCAGUGCCCAGUGACUUCCCCUUGGAGCCGGGAGAGAAACCCCCCUGUGUCCGACGGAGAGGGGGGGCAUCCCAAGGAAACAGGAAGUGCAAAGCAGAGGAGGAAGAUUCUCAGCGUUCGAAGCCGAGGAAAACUUUAUUCAGCGGAGCUCUGAGGAAACACAGCGACUCUGACCACAACGCACACACUCAAACACACACACAUCACGGCAAGAGGACUGUACACAGAGGCUGCCACACAGAUGACACAGUGAGGUCAGAGAGCAGCUCGACAUCAGACUCAACAGGACACGACAACGAUGACGGCGUGUCUCAGUGUCACCACCCGCUGGUCUCUGCUGGUUCUCCAGUGGAGGUUUUCUACCAGAACAAAACCAGAAGGAACUCACUGCUCAACAGGACUGACCAUCCAGAGACUCUUCAGACCCACAAACCGCUCCCCCAUCCCCCCCCCAUCCCCCUUCAUCACCCCGCUCGCUCUCAGGACUCCUCCUCCUCCUCCGGCCCCUCUGAUCCAGGAGCAGUGUGUGAGGGAGGGGUCAGAGUUAAUGCAGCUCGUCGCAGUAACAGCUCCGACGGUCUCCUGGACCACGUCACGCCCCUGGAGGAAGAGGGUGGGCCGCAGCAGGGAGGACUGUGGGUAAAUGGUCUCCCUGGGUCCAGAGGAACGCAUGCUGCUGGAGCGUUCAGGAGCUCCGAGACGCUGACUGACGGACGGAUGAGGAUGAAUAACAAACCCACCGAGGGGGGAGGAAGGGGUGUAGGGGCAGGGCGAGGAAGAGGAGGAAGAGGAGGGGGAUACAGUGAGGUCCUGCUGGACUAUGUCUGGGGGAAACAGCAGCAGCUGCAGCGACAGCAGUCCCAGACCAAUAAUAGGCAGCACCAGCUGCUCUACAACAGCUACUCCUCCCAGCAGCCCCCUGGAGCCCCGCCCACCUACCAUAGUCACCACAGCGACCAGCGGCGAGUCAAAGUGACCCGCACCAAAUCCUGCGGCCCCUUCCUCCCGCUGCAACAGAGUCAGUCCGAUACCCAUAAUCCUGCUCUGUCCACCAUCCAGCCUGACCCCCACCCCCACCUGCUGCCUCCUCGACCCCCACAGUUGCCCCCCAACCAGGAUGCGCAGCUGGAGGAGGCCACCAGGAGUCUCCACAAGGCCCUCGCUCUGGAAGGUCUGAGGGACUGGUACCUGAGGAACACGAUAGGCUCCACCCACCCAAACCAGGCCAAUGGGAAGGUGAGCACAGGGGUCACCACAGGGGUCUCCACUAAUGUGAACGGAGGGGUCAAAGGUCAGGCAGGUGGGGGCGGAGCUCUGCAGCGCAGACGGACGACUCACGGUGUCAUCCAGCAGUCGACCUAUCAGACAGAGACGGGUCAUCAUCACGGCCUGUCGCAUCACAAACAGACGCUGUUGCAUUCAGCCACGUUCCAUGGACACCCGCUGCACGGCAGGUGUGUGGACAGCUCUCUCUACCACGGCUCCUUCCCUCAUCAGAAACAGGAAGUUCCUGUCAGAGACCCGUCUGUGGACCAACCAUCUCCUGGCACCCUCGUCUGAUUAACCGGCCAAUCAGGACGCUGACAGACAGAUAAACAGACCAAUCCCAGGCUGGCUUCCUGGGAUCAACAACCUCCAGGACUGUGUGUUUAGGGGACAGAAUCAAACACACCUGUGGGUGGUUGGAGGUUCUGGUCCUGGUGGACGUUCUCAGUCAGCUGGAGAAUCUCCUCCUGUUCACUACUGCAGAUCAGUGUUAAUGUGAGAUGCUGCUGAUGUUGAGCCGGUGGUUCUCUUCAGGUCACACCAGCAGCUCAUCACAACCUUCUUCUCUCUGACUUCACCUGAAACUCUGCCCGCCCACCAUGAUGUCACAGAGGAUGAUGAUGUCACUGCCUAGGUGGAGCCUGUGGUUAAAACACAGCACAGGAGGAGACUCAAUGGAACAUCUGGAUAACCCCCCCC